AUGGUGUUAGCGUGCAGCGAUACUGUGGAAGAAUAUAUUCAGUUCAGCGGCGAAGCGGUUCGUCUUGCGUAUUGGAUAGGGUAUCGCGCUGCAGAGCUGAGCCACCGUAUUUCUGGAGAGCAUUGGAAAAUCCAGCCCUGGGCUUUAUUAGUAUCUGGAAAGAGUAAAGAGGUGAUAGAGAGUUACGUGCGGGAAUUCAAUAGUGUGAUUCCUGAAUUAUCUCAGAUCGAGCUGGCGUCGAGAUUCAGCAAAGCUUCUUACAGCCUUGUCGGCCCAAGCCAUGCAUUGGAGGCAUUCCGAUCCCAAUAUAUUUCUACACUAUCCACCUUGGACGCGGUGCACGUUUAUGCCUUGUACCAUGGAGGAAAUAAAGGGAUCAAUGCAUUGAAUAAUGUACUCGAAGAUGUGAAGCGCAGAGAUAUUUUAUUUCCAUCGUCGACCACUAUGAAGAGACCGAUCUGGUCCUGUCACGACGCAUCUUUGGUGGAUGCGGCAAUUCUUUCAACCUCCUCUCCACUGGAAUAUACCCUUCGCCUUAUCCUGGUUGACACCGCUGACCUUUACAGCACCUGUCUCUCCGUUACCAAUACGACCUCCUUUUCGGAUAAGGACUGCGAUAUAGUUACCGUAGGACCGGGGGCAAAUGCUUUGCUUGCAUCAGCUUUCCGGGAUAUUUCUUGGCCGGGAAGAGCAAGUUGGGUAGAUAUCCCGGGGGCUCUUCGCGACGCUAAUGCAUCUCAGACAGAUGAGUUUGCUAUCGUCGGGAUGUCUGUUAAUUUUCCUCUAGGUGCUGGUAAAGACGCGUUCUGGAAAGUGAUAGAAGAUGGUUUAAAUGCAGCGCAAGAAAUACCAGGCACCAGAUUCCAAGUAAACGACUAUAAAGCCGAAAGCCCUAGUAGUCUACCACCUCGUGAGAUACAGGCAACCGAUGGAAACUUUCUUAGUGACCCAUUUCAAUUUGACCAUGAGUACUUCGGCAUCUCACCGCGAGAGGCCAGAUCAAUGGACCCACAGCAGAAACUACUUCUCCAGGGCGCAGCCCACGCCAUGGAUGAUGCGGGAUAUGUACCAAAUGGGGCUCCUUCUUUCAACCCUGAAACCAUAGGGUGUUACAUAGGAGCUGCCACUGAUGAUUAUGUGCAAAACCUCGCCCGGCACAUUGAUGUAUAUUAUUCGACAGGGACCCUGCGCGCUUUCCUGAGCGGGAAGAUAUCGUACGCAUAUGGCUGGUCCGGACCAUCCAUUGUUAUUGAUACGGCAUGCUCGUCUUCUCUUGUCUCUGUGGUGAUGGCCUGUCGGGCUCUGGCCCAAGGGGAUUGCACUACCGCAUUGGCUGGUGGUGUGAACGUCAUCACAAGCCCAGAUAUGUAUCUGGGUCUUUCGCGAGCUCAUUUCUUAAGCCUGACAGGGCAGUGCAAGCCUUUUGAUAUCUCCGCGGAUGGAUAUUGCCGUGCUGAAGGGUGCGGCCUUUUCGUGAUCAAGAGGCUUUCGGUCGCAAUCCAUGAAGAUGAUCGGAUUUACGGUGUUAUUAAGGCAGCGGAGAUAAACCAGAGCGGAAACGCGUCGUCCAUCACCCACCCUCAUGGUGCUACUCAACAGAAGCUUUUCCAGAGACUCCUUUCUCGGGGGAAGAUUGAUGCAAAGUCAAUAAAUGCCGGGGAUGCAAUUGAGACCUCUAGCAUUGAAUCAAUAUUUGGUGGUUCUGCUAGUCCAGUCUACCUAACUUCAGUCAAGGGCAACAUUGGACACGCGGAGGCAGCAUCCGGAUCUGCGGGUUUAGCAAAGCUCUUAAUGAUGCUCAAGUGCUCGAAAAUUCCACCGCAAGUAGGAUUUAAUACUCUGAACCCAAAGCUGCAGGCUUUGGUUGCUCGCAAUAUCCAGAUUCCUACUGCCACUAGCGAGUGGGAUCGCAUUACACCUAACCUUCCGCGGCGUGCCUUGUUGAAUAAUUUUGGUGCAGCUGGUUCAAACGCUGCUCUCGUCGUUGAGGAAUGCCGCUUAACCUCACACCGAAAGGACAAGAAAUACACCCGAAGAGCUGCCUAUAAUCUCAUUUUAUCCGCAAAGAAUGCCCAUGCUCUCCUAGAUCUUAUCGAUCGGUAUUGCAAUUUUCUUUGGAAGAAGGACAUCGCUGUUCAAGACAUUUGCUACACGACAACUGCUCGGCGGCAAAAGCAUCGAUAUGUUCUUUCGCUUACUGGCGGGACCAUAGAAGAGAUUGUAGACCAGCUUCAACGACAAAGACCACUUAAAAGUCCUUUCGUCGACUACCAAAAAAAGCACCCAAUUAUUUUUGUCAUCUCGGGGCAAGGUAGCUAUUAUUCAGGAAUGGGACAACAACUCAUGCUUACAGCACCGGUCUUUAAGGCCGAGAUUGAGAAGUGCGACCUCGUACUCCAGCAAAAUGGCUUUGCCGACAUCAUACCAAGUAAAGUACUGGAUGGCUCUUUCAGCCCAUCCUAUGCCAAGGAUUGGUUCCUACGGUCACAGGUCGCAUGUUUUGUACUGGAAUAUGCCCUUGCAUGUCUGUGGAUAUCAUGGAGCAUUCAACCAGACAUUGUUAUUGGCCAUAGCCUUGGAGAAUAUGCGGCUAUGGUUGUUAGUGGAGCGCUGCCCCUCCAAGAUGCUUUACUGCUCGUUGUGCAACGCGCAAAACUGAUGGCAUCGAUGUGUCAGGUUGGGGAGUCUACUAUGCUUGUGUGCAAUACUUCGGCCUCAUCCGUCGAGCAGACCAUUGCAGACUCGGAUUUGUCUCAACUCACAGUUGCCUGCGACAAUAGUGUAACGGAUUCUGUUGUUUCUGGGCCGGUCAAUCAGGUGGACCAAUUGGCCAAGCUCAUCAAAGAGAAAGGAAUCCGGUGUAAGAAACUGGAUGUCCCUCUCGGCUUUCAUUCAUCUGCUUUGGAUGUGAUGCUGCCAGAAUUAGAGGCCAAAUGUGAAGGUCUCUAUUUCUCUACCCCAAGGAUUCCUUUGGGGUCUUGCUUCUAUGGGCGAAUUGUCCAAGAAGGCGAUCUUAACCCCAGCUACCCUGUCCUACAGACAAGGGGAACAGUACGUUUCACAGAGCUUAUCCAUUCCCUCUUUAAGCAAGGUGAAGUCCAAAAAGGCACAUUUAUCGAAGUUGGUCCUAGUCCGACUACAUUGCCCAUGGUCCAAACCGGUUUCCCCUCGCAAGAUGCAAUGUUCUUGCCAUCCCUUAUAAAGGGCCAAGAUCCCUGGACCAGCAUAAGCCAUUCCUUGCAACAAAUGAGUUUACGAUAUGAUUACAUUCAGUGGCGUGGUGUUUUCGAUGGCACAGAUGCCCAAAUUGUGGAUCUUCCAGAUUACCCAUUUCAGACGGAUUCUUUGUAUGUGCCAUUCAACGAGCCUGGCUUCGAGAAAAGUAUAUCUAUAAUUCCUAGAGCCUCAAGGCGGUAUAAUUUCCAUUUAUUGCAAGAUGUGGUGAGUUCCGAUUCGAGAAAAGGCUUGUUAACGUUCAGCACGAGCCUAGAGUCUCUUUCUAAGUAUAUUGAAGGCCAUUCUGUAGGUGGCUUUCCGCUAUGUCCGGCCUCAGUGUACCAUGAAAUGGUUCUGGAAGCAAUGCAUUAUGAGGCCGGAGCACCUGAUCAAGUGGCGCUGGUCAGUGACAUCUCUUUUGGACGUCCCUUAUUAUACUCGCCCGAGAUGAGGUCUUCGACUGUGCAUUUGAUGAUAGACAAAACGUCGGUCGCUAUGUUGGAAAGGAAUGGGGGCGGAUUCACCUUUUUGUCAGGUGCAGUAUCCGGUUCUAAUUCUGAGAUGGUCGUGUGCUCUGGCCGAACAGCCUGGAAGCCCUACUCGGACACAAAAGCAUAUCUUAGGCGGAAGGCAGCCUACGCCCAAAGGAAGAUGAAGCCUUUGCACCGAAACAAGAGUCAGAUAAAUAUCCUGCGUCGCAAUGUUAUUUACAGCACUAUCUUUCCUCGGGUAGUCGCCUACUCAAAGCCGUAUCAGUCGAUUAAGGAGCUGAGGGUCGCCGAGACUAAUCUCGAUGGUUGCGGUACAUUUGAGGUGCCAGCAAGUGCUCUCAACAGAGGUAUUGCGUCUCCGAUUUUUAUUGACACCAUGCUGCAUGCAACUGGCUUCAUCGCCAACAGCCAGGCCAAACCGACUGAUGCCUUCAUUUGCAGUAAGGUCGAGUCCACCGUUGUGCUAUAUGCAGGCAUCAACUCACAGGACACUUUUCUCAUUUACUGCAGCCUGCUAGAUUGCGGCGAUAGGGAACGUAUUGGGGAGGCUUUGGCAAUGACGCUCGAUGGAACGGUUGUUGCUAGCAUUGAGGGCAUUCACUUCAAGCGCCUAAAUCUCAGGUCGUUCACCACUUACCUGUCUCGCCAGGUCGGUCGGAGGACUAGUGGCGAUGCUCCGCGUCCAGUUGUACUUCAGCCUCCGCCAACGACGAAGCCUGAACCUAUUUCGGUGCCUAAUGUAUUAGAUCCAAGGAGUUCGGUGGUUAGCCUGAUCUCCAAUCUAUGUGAACAGCCGGAGGAGGCAAUUACCCCUGACAAGCGAUUGGCGGACUUGGGGAUUGACUCGCUCCUGCGAAUUGAGCUCUCGCAUUUGCUGAAACGUCAGUUUCAUGAUCUGAAUACGGACAUAUUGAUAGACUCGGAAACAGUUCAGGAGAUCCAAAGAUACAUUGCCAACACUUGUGGUAGGCCACCCGGAGUGUCAUUCGCCAACGAAGAAUCCAAGAAGAGCAACUCCGACGAUAGCGACGGUAUUUCUACAAUUAUCGCGUCAGGCACGCUCACUUCUGAUACAGAGCUGGUCACCACUCCAAACGACAUGAUUGAUUUCCUCAUGCAGUUGGUAGCUGAGACUUUUGGAUUCAGCCUUUCCGACAUCCGCUCCGACAUGACACUUGAGUCCCUCGGAAUGGAUUCUUUAAUGUUCAUUGAAUUCCAAGAAGUAAUGCGAAAGGUGUCCGGCAAGGCGCUGACGCAGGACAUAUUGACUCCAGCUCUGACAAUCAAUGAGCUUGCGGAGGAACUAGCCGCAGAUAUCAGUUCACCCAGCAACGACGACUCAGGACGUCUGAUUGAGAGGGCCACCAAUAGGGCAUUUUCGCCCCAGCCAGGAGAGGAGUAUUUCCUUGUACAUCUGCAGCAAGGAUUAGACACGCUGCCGCCGUUGAUCCUGUUCCAUGAUGGCAGCGGACUGAUCGAAAAGUACAAGCGUCUGGCCAAGGUAGGGUGCAACGUGUUCGGUGUUCGCAACCCUGACUGGACGUCUCAGCCACACUGGGCAAGAGACCUGAAAGAUAUGGCACGUCGGUAUGCUGCUGCUAUUCCAUCGAUUGUCAAAGCAAAGCACGUAGUUCUCGGCGGUUGGUCUUUUGGUGGUGUACUGGCCCAUGAAGUUGCACAGCAACUAGACAAGAUGGAGUAUAAUACAUUGGCUGUUAUCCUCAUCGACUCCCCAUGCCCUUUCAACCAUCACCCUCUUCCUUCCCAGGUUGUUGACUACAUUCUGGGUCCAGAAAGUCUGCCUCACUCUAUUUUGAGCAUCAUGUCUUCUCAAUUCCAAAGCCACACGCAGUUCCUUGCAGGUUACCGGAUGCAAGGUCCCGUUCCACCAGCAAGGAUGUAUGCAAUGUUGCACAGUGAACAGGUUCUUGACACCACUCGUCUAUGCGGUAUUGCAUACCCGUGGCUUGAAAGUCGACAGGAACGGCUUUUAGCGCUUCAACAAUGGGAGGACUUGCUCGGGCGCUCGCUGGUAGUGUAUGGUAUUCCUGGGAAUCACUUUGAGCCAUUCAACGAUGAAUAUGUAAAACAUUCUUCAACUUAUACAAUAUACAUUGAAUGCUAA